GAGCGACAAAGGCAUAGCCAGAUAAGCCGCGGUACGUGAGUCGCGGCCGCAGGAACCUUGAGCGUACAUAAACCGAGAAUCGACAGCAGAGCUCCUUCCCGCCAUAUAAUAAAGCGCUCAGUCCGCCCCAAGCCUUUGCCGAAACAACACGUUUGUUAUAAUCCUUGAUCCUAAACCGACAAACGAACAAUGAAUCCCGAACGAUCACUUAACUAACUCACAGUGUCCGAUAAUGAAGUGAAAUAAACAUAUAACAUAGUGUUUGUGAUGUAUUGUGCUAACGACAGUGUCAUAUUAGGAGUUAAUUGAAACAAAUUAAAAGGCUGGGCGAGAGAUGAAGGGGUGGUUCGAUGCUUUCCGCGAGGAAGGCGGACCGACCCUAUACGCGUACCACAACCGCACGGCAGUGGCAGCUGACGUGCCCGCGUUGGCUCUUCUCAUCGCCGCGCUUACGCUCUACCUCGCAUUCCUCGCCGUCUUCCCCGGCAUCAGGAAAGAGAGCCGACGAGGCGGCUGGCAGUCUAGAUUUUCCACGUUCACCAUAGUCACGCUCAGCCUAUUUGUAGGCACCGUUAUACUUGUUUGCAAGCACGGCUCGUCAUGGCACGUGGCAGGAACUCGAGUGGCACGAGCCGCCUACCGCGCCUUUUCCGCGGAGCGCCUCGACUGCUGGCUCGCCAUACACGUUGGCCUGGGACACGUUAAUGUUACCCUCAACGCAUUAUCAUGGGGUAACACCACAACUGGUGACCCUGGCGUGGAUUACAACGAACAAUUCCGGUGGGAGGAAGCCGGCGCCAUUCAGGAGUGGUACCGAAAGGGGCUGGUGCGCGGUCUACCGUACCCCCUGCUCUCUGUAGCGGAACACUUCGCAGCAGAGCACGAUGGCUUCGAAUGGGGCGCCAAGUAUCGUGCCGCCGGGUACACAACAUCGACCUUACUUUGGACGGCGUUGGCGCUAUGGCUGCUGAUGAAUCUACUGUUGGUGGUAGUGCCGAGGUACGGGGCAUACGCUAUGACGUCAGUGGGCGUGACGCUGUGCGCCGCCGCUGGAGGCUACUGGGCGUGCCUGCCACAUGUUCCUCUCGUCGUUAGGCUCGAUGGCUCCAUGCUGUUUUUCUCACUCGGAUGGUGUUUCUAUCUAGUACUGAUUGCAGGCUGCUUAUGUUUGGUGGUGGGUCUGGUGAUAGCCACCCUAGACCUGGUGUGGCCGCACCGGUUCUCCACGGUCCUGGAGGUGGACUACGACACGCCGUACGACCGACAUGUGCUCAUCGUCGACAGCCGGCAGCGUGCACGACCGCAGGCGCAAGCCUCGCUGCCCAGUAGGAUACUUAGGAGGUUAUCAUCGAAAACCCGUGACUCUGAGCGCCAGGUAUCGAUGUCGAUAGUGAACGAAAGCGGCGAGCGCGGGCGCGGGCUGGGGCGCGACAACCCCGCCUACCAGCACGAACGCAAGCCCAACUCGCCCUGGCGCUACCCACUCUUCAGGAGGCAGAUCGACAGGGUUGACUCCGCGUCGAGCUUGGGUUCAAGUAUAAACGGUAAUAGUUCCGGUAUCAAGAUGUCACCGCUGCCGGGCAGCCCGCCUACUCCUUCCCUUCCAAUAUCUCCCCACAGGUAUCGACCGCAACUGCCGGCAACCGAACGGGUCAAAGACAUGUGGUGAUAGACAAUGAAAAAUUUAGUAUUAAAUUGACUUUAAAAAAGAUUCCUGACCGACCUUGUGAUUACAUUAACUAUUGUAAAUAUGUAAAUUAUUAGUUGAUAUUUUAAAUUAUAAUUGCGCGUAUCCAGUGUCAUAAGUACGCGAUGUUUAUCGUUUAAACUAGCGAGUUUUAUGUAAAUUUUAUAAAUAGUGAAUAGACAUCGACACAGACAGUGAAUGCUUUGUGCCAUGCAUUAUACAGAAUAAUAUUGACUUGCGUCAUCGCAUAAUGACACACCCUGUACUUAUAGUUCUUAUACUUUACUUAUGUGUAAUCGACUUUAUUUUUAUUGACCGUCUCCAACUUGGAGGAAAAUAACCAUAUCUUCUUUACACAUUCAUAUUUAGAUUUAAGGACGUUACGCCUUUAGCAUAACAGUUUCUGUGUGCAUUUACAGCAAUUUUUUUAUGAAAUAUGUAUUAAAGUUAUCAAUUUUGUCGUCAAUAAUGCAAUAAAAUGC